CUUUAGCCGGUUAGCCACCCUCUCUAUUCCUCUAGUUUGAGCCCCUGGAGUCAAAGAAAUGCCCUGCUUUUUCUAUUUUACGCUCUUUCUUUUCUUUUCUUUUUUGCCUCCUCGAAUACUUUCAUAUUCAUUGCCGCUCUUCUUUUUUCCCCCUUUCCUAUCAAAAGUCAAGAAAUUCCUUCAUUUUUCCUUACCUCAGUUCAAACUUCAAACCAUAUUCCUCAUUACAUGUAUUUCAUAGAUUAGCUUUCCCAUUUUUGGUCCCUGUUUCUUUCUUUUCUUUUUUCUUUUUUUUUUAAUAAGAAUUCAUGGAAUCAGUUAGGCCUAAUCCGGCUUCAUCAAGGAGCAAACUUUCGAGGAAAUUCCAGAAAGUGAUUCAUCUCAAGACAGCAACAAAGAAGAACCUCUCCAACAAUGGGUUUUGUCUGAUGAUACCUCAAGAAAAGCUGAAAUGUUGUGAAUCCCAACAGUUUGAGAGAGAAGAGAUUGAGGAUGCAGCUAAAGAGACUAAAAACAGAGCGGCCAUGGAAGCCUUCAUCGCCAAGCUUUUCGCCACGAUUUCUUCGGUCAAAGCAGCUUAUGCGGAGCUACAAAUGGCUCAGUUUCCUUACAACUGUGAAGCCAUUCAGUCCGCAGAUCAAGCUGUGGUGGAUGAACUGAAAGCUCUGUCUGAGCUGAAACAGAGUUUUCUGAAGAAAAGAAUAGAUUUUUCACCGCCCCAUGUGACCUUAAUGCUGGCCGAGAUUCAAGAACAACAAUCUCUGAUGAAGACUUACGAGAUCACCAUGAAGAAAAUGCAGAAUGAAAUCCAAGUGAAAGAGGGUCAUAUUUCUUCACUUCAAGAAGUGUUGAGAGAGGUUGUUCAGAACAACAGAUCCCUUGAGAAGAAGCUGAAUGCGAGUGGAUCUUUCUCUGUGCUUGACAAUGUGAAGUUCUCAGAGGAUGCUAAUCCAAAAGAUUUCAUCUUGGUUUUGCAUUAUGCAUUGAGAUCUAUAAGAAACUUUGUGAAGUUGUUGAUCAAAGAGAUGGAGGCUGCCAAUUGGGAUAUUGAAUCAGCUGCAAAUUCAAUCCAUCCUGAUGUCAAUUUCCGGAAAAGGGACCACAGAGCUUUCGCCUUUGAAUCAUUCGUCUGCAGGGAGAUUUUCAGCGGUUUUAAUGAUCCGGGCUUUUCGUUACAGGGUGAUCAGAAUUUGUCUUGGCCUAAUGGGAGUUAUCAGAAAAGGCUUUUCUUCUUUGAUCAGUUCAAGAAAGUUAAGUCAGUCAAUGUGAUUCAUUUCCUGAAGCAGAAUCCAAAUUCCUUUCUUGGGAAAUUCUUGAAGGCCAAAUACCUUCAGUUAGUACAUCCCAAGAUGGAAUUCUCAUUUUGUGGGAAUUUGAAUCAGAGGAAAACUGUGAAUUCCGGAGAGUAUCCAGAAACAGAAUUCUUCAAGGCAUUUGCUGAAAUGGGGAGGAGAGUUUGGCUGUUGCAUUGCUUGGGUCUGUCAUUCGGUCAGGAAGUCAGCAUAUUUCAAGUGAGGAAGAACUGUAGGUUUUCAGAAAUGUACAUGGAGAGCGCGACGGAUGACAUUUUCGCAUCGGCGGAUGGUGAUUUUCGGGUGGCGUUUACGGUGGUUCCAGGGUUUAAGGUCGGAAAACUGGUGGUUCAGAGCCAGGUAUAUUUAUGUAAUGCCAAAUGUGUUGUCAAAAAGAAUUAAAUGCUAGAGGGAGCAAUUUGAGUUCAAUUUAACUCUGUUAUUAAUGGAGAAGUUAUACAAGUAAAAGCGAAUGAUCAAGAAAGGUUUGAAUUCGGUGACUCUACGGAAUCAAGGUUAGACAGCUUUCCUCACCGUAUGUACAGUAGAAUUAUAGUAUGAAGGCAUCAAAAUAGGCAAAAUCUGGAAUGCCAUGUAGUUGUAAUACUAGUAGUAUAGCUAGCUAGGCAUUUGAGCAGGUAAGAACACAGAGUAAAAAAGUAAAAAGGGUCAGUGCACCAUUUUGCUAGUGAUUUGUGGACGACCUCCAAAUAUGCACAAAGUUGAAUUGGGAUCCUCAACCUGAUAUUCCGAGUGCAACAUGCAAAAAAAAAAGUUGCAUGUGACACUCGGUAUGUACUUUAAAUCAGAAUAUAGCAGCGGAAACCUUUUUUUUUUUUUUUUU